ACAUACAUGCGGAGUUCAUUUCCCGCUUCACCGAGAUCUGAUUUCCCGCCAAAAAAAAAGAAAAAAAAAAAAAAAAGACUAGUCGAAGCUUUCUACGCCACGCCAGUGAUCGAAGCCCCUCUUCUCUUCGUCGUUUACUUUGGGAAGGGAUUGAUCUGAUCUUCCAGGAAUCACACGGAAUCUAACUCAGAUUCUUGAUGCUGCUGAGAUCCGAACCGGAGAAUUUUGCUAGGAAAAUACGGAGGAAUUUCUUAUGUAGACAAGUUGUUCGAUUAAAUGUCAACGAGGGAUGACUAUAUUACCACUUUGAAUUUUUCUCAGCUUUGUGGACAAUAUCUAAGUCUGUGGCAAUUCUCUAUUCUUGAAAUUUCUUUUGUGUGUGUGGAAACUGAGAUAUAUCCAAUGGCUGGACAGACUGAUCCUCAUGUCUCACUAUUCUCUCCUGAAGAGGUUGAGUUUAUGGCAGAGGACGAACUGGUGGAGAUUGUUCCCAAUAUGAACAUGGAGCCCCUCAAUUUCAUCGCUGGGGAUUUUGGCCGGUUCAUUCCUCAGAUUCCAAUACAAGUGCCUCUGUGGCUUGCAGUGGCUCUGAAGCGUAGAGGAAAAUGUACUUUCCGGCCUCCAGGGUGGUUGUCUGUUGACAAUUUGACUCAGGUCUUGGAAGCAGAACGGGAACCUCAGUCGAAAUUUCAGGCAUUACCAUUUAGUUACGUGGAGAUUGCUAGACUACUUUUUGAUCAUGCACGUGAUGAUAUUCCAGACAUGUACAUGGUAAGAUCGCUAGUUGAGGACAUUAGAGAUGUGCGGCUUCACAAACUGGAGAAUAACUUGGGCACAUUUCUAGGUACAUCUGCAGUAAAGAUGGAGAAUGUAUCGGCAAUGGAAGUGAAUCUAGUCCGCCCAUUUGCUAGAAGAGCCUUAGAAGCGUUUUAUAAGCAUGACAAGCCAGAGGUUGUUGCAGACAGAAACACUAGAAGUAGCAGACAACCCCGUGAAGCUAACGAUGAACCAAGGAGACCUCUAAGGCAACGCUAAGGAGCUUCUGUGUCCUUGCCCAAGUGAGAAAGAAGAAGUCAGGUAUCUUCUGUGCCAAUAUUUGUGGAGCUACCCUGAGAAGUGAUAGCACCAACAACAUCUAGUUAUGUGUCUUAAAUAUAUGCCUUGUUUCUCUUGUUCUGUUACAUACUCUUGGUAUUAAGCAUCUUUGCAAAUUGUAGAUGGAACUUAUAUUGUUUCAUUUUCAAGUACGUGGGUUAAAACUAAUGUAUCGUGAGUGUUUAUUUUUA